UCCAGCACGGGGACCGCACUUUGGCUCUGACACGGCGUCAGUCGUGAAACAACGGGGAGGAAAAAAAAAAAAAACACGCACUCAGUCAGGGCCAAAAAAACCCCGUUUGGAGGAGGAGGGAGAUGUCCGGGCCCAACAACAAGUACCGGGAGUGGAUCCUGGAAACUAUCGACUCCCUCCGCUCGAGGAAAGCCCGUCCGGACCUGGAGAGGAUCUGCAGAAUGGUCCGGAGACGACACGGGUCCGACCCGGAGCGGACCCGGCUGGAACUGGAGAAACUCAUCCGAGAGCAGACGGUGCUCAAAGUGAGCUACAAGGGCUCCAUCUCGUACCGGAACGCGGCCAAGGUGCAGAGGAAAAGCAGGAAAAGGAGUGAGUUCUCGGCUGGUAGUAGUAGUGGUGGCGGAGGAGCGGAGGAUGCGGCGAAACCCGACACUCCGAGCGCGCACAGCCGCACCAACCUGGAGGAGGAGGCGGGGGACAGCUCGGAGGAGCCCGGAGCAGAGCCUCCUCGCACCGGGACCACACCAGCCUGCAGCCCGGGGGAGGAGGAGGAGGAGGAGGGAGCAAGUGCGCCCAGCGGACCGGGGCGUCAAUUCAGUAUGGCAAGCAGGAAUCUCCGGGGCCACGUGAAGCCGCUGGGGCUGAAGGACAUCCUGGGGUACCUGGAUGAGGAGAAGCUCACCCGGGGCAAAGUCAAGGUGGUGAUGGAGAGGGAGGUGGCGAGGGGCCGGCUGAGGAGGACCCGCUGCGGGAACAUCACCCUCCCUCUGCGGGGGAUGUUGGAGGUGGAGGAGGAGACCCCGCCGAGGAGCCGAGCACCGCAGGACAAACACAGAGCAAACACAGAGGAGAAUGAGCCGAUGGAAACAGCCAGCAAGGAGGAGAAACAGGGAGGUAAUGACAAAGGAGAGGAUGAGGAAGAACCCCGGAGUUCAGAGGAGCGAAGUCUACCCCCGGUAGCCAUGACAUCCCAACCAGGACUCACCAUGAAGACCGCAGAAGAUGCUGAGGUCCAGAUAGCAACAGAGGACGGUACCAAGCAGGAGAAGCAGGACAAUGAAGAGAUGUCUGAGCUCGAUUCUCCCCCGAAGUCUCAGUCUCCACCUGUUCGGGGAGCUUUGCUGUCACAGUGCAACGGCGCACGCUUGGAAGAGAGAGCUGUUAGCCCUCAUCAGCUACCCAUGGAAACAGAAAGUCAAACACAGCAUGAGGACGUAAGCCACACAUCCACAGACUUCAGCGGCUCGGAGUGUAAAACAGAAGUAGGCGUGUCUUCCUGCAUGCUCACACCCUCCGCCUCCCCAAGAGACUCCAGCCUGUCAGAAGAGCAAGGGAUUGGCAUUACCAGUGGAGGGUUGAUGAAGUCUGAGGGGGUCAGUGGGAGUCCGGUGGACUGGACCGUGUCUGAUGUGGUCGAUUACAUCACGGCAGCAGGUUUUCCUGAGCAGGCUACUUCCUUUAGGACCCAGGAAAUCGAUGGAAAGUCUCUCCUCCUCAUGCAGCGUAAUGAUGUUUUGACUGGUCUGUCAAUCAGGCUUGGUCCCGCCCUCAAGAUCUAUGAGCGUCACAUAAAGGUUCUGCAGAAAACACACUUUGAGGACGAAGACUGCUAACAACACACACAGUAUUCACAGACUGGUAAUGUUUAUAUCUGCAUAUAGCUCAAGAAAUAUAAAAUGCAUGCGUGUAGUACAGUACAAUGCAAUUCACUUUUCAUCUCAGACAUGAUAUAUAAUAAUAGUACACACAGAAUACUAUGUUUACAUUCCUCCAGGCCUCUACAACUUGUCUUACCAUUGAACAACACAGAAAUGUGGCUGAAUUUUCUUGACAGCAAGAAUUUUUCUACCAAACAGAGCACAAAUGGAGGACAAAGUAGUUCUCAGAUGUAGAGAUUCCAAGCAGUUUUUCCUUUUUUCCCCAAUUCUGAAAUUGUGUGAAUGCUUUGUAUUUGAACUGUUGUUUUAAACUAUUUAAUGUUGACCUUCCUGUUCAUUUUGAAUAUUGUAAGGGGUCGUUUCUUCCUGAUAUUGGAGAGUUUCUUGCUUGUGUGUGUGUGUCCGUCCCUUUCGAUAGAGGACAGAUCAACAAUCUAGACGUUGACUAGACUGAAUACAUUCCCAGGAAAACGUUGGAACUUUGAGUCACCACAUUUCUGUUAUUAUUCAGUUAUUAAUGUUGUUCUUCCAUUAUUCUGUUUGCUAUAAGAUUUGUGAUGUUCUGCAAGAAGGUGGUCAAAGCAAUAAACUGAUGAUUUCUGGCUUGAUGUUUGAGGUCAUUGGUGUCCUGGAUCAUCAGUUGAUCAUUUCUCUUCUUUUUUUUUAAGCCUCUUGUCUCAGAUGUAAACCUGACA